AAGAAACCAUGUCCAAGACAUCGACGACAAAGAAGAAGAAUAAGUCGACUAUAUCGAGUAAAAUAGAUAGUAUGAGUCUGGACCAACUCUUUGAUAUUUUACAAGGUAGUGAGGACGUUACCAAUUCUAGUCAUACGAGAGAAAGAACUAAAGCAGAAGAAGAGGUGUCAAAGGUUUCACAGCCUCCUCUUCAAGUCAACAACAAUAAUUCGAUAGAAGGAGAACAACCUUUUCAAGUGAAGAACAAUAACGUAGUUUCUGAAGAGUUUUCCAAUCAUUUGACUGAUAUGGACCUCAACGAAAAAGGGGAGAUGGAAGAAAUUGUAUCUUCGUCAGACGUCGCCAUUAGAGUUGACAGUGAGUUACUACAAACUUUACAGGAACAAAUUGAGCACAAAAAGUGUUCAAGAGCCAAUAUAACUUGUUUGAUUAAGAUUUUUCGUGCAGCUUGUACGAUUAUCGAGUCGAAUCAGUUGUCUACGAUUGCUUCAACCACUUCCAAUGAAGCAAAUACCGGCGAUAAUAAAGCAACUCUUUUGAAUAGGAAAGGUCAACUUCAUUCACUAGACGAUAUGCAUUUGGUUGAAACUGGGUUUAUUUCUCAUGGUAUUCAUUUUAUCAACUUGCGAGUUUAUCAAAAUAGUAUGAAGCUAUGCUUGGAGCUUAUUCCAAAGUCAUUGGAUCAUUUAUUAGGAAUUGAAGGCUUAGACAAACUGGACAAGAUGGCUUUGAAUGAACCUAAGAACUUGGAGCACUGGAAGUUUCCAUCUUCUAAGAGAUGGAAAAGUCUACGAUCUCCAAUGAAAGUGUUCUUCUAUUAUCUAAGAUUGUUAUUAGAAACUGUUUCUAAUGAAGGAAUGAAGAGGUAUUUAUUGAAGAUUGCCCGAAGAUGUUCACCUUAUCUACUCAAGUUGGUCCCAUUUGCUCGCGCUUGGAUCAAAACUGUCGUUUCCACUUGGGCGUAUGCAGAAGAGGAAAACACCAGAGGAAUGGCAUACUUUACUUUAUACUGUUGGUCUUUAUAUGACUCUGAGAAAUAUUUAUCAAGAAUAUUGAAGAAAAUGCAGUCAUCUUUUAGGGACGAAAUUGGUAAACAAGGAAACCUUCGUAGACUUCCUGUUAUUCUAUUUGCUGCGAAUAGUUUGGUUGAUUUGUUUGGAGUGGAUAUGGGAACUUCUUACUCUUCCAUAUUUGUUCACUUGCGAGAGCUCGCCAUUACUUUGAAACGAGUCAUUACUUCGGAAGCAAAGGAAUUUCGUCAUUUGGUAGAAAAUUGGCAGUUUGUCAAUCAACUUCGGCUAUAUGGAAUGGUUCUAUCUUCGUAUCCAGGCAAAGAUCAGUUGAGAGCACUUAUUUAUCCUUAUGUCCAAAUUGUAUUGGGAGUUGUUCAAUAUUCAUAUUCACCUCAUUCGUUUGGAUUGUUAUUCCAUUGCAUUCACUUUCUAAAUGAUUUAAUGAAACAAUCCAAUCUUUAUAUUCCUCUUUCAAGUAGUUUGGUUCGUGUGCUUUUUUGUGCCGAAUUGAAAAGGAAACCAACUAGUAGUGAUGUAAAAGAUAAGCCACUGAUUUGGAGAACUAUUUUAAGAAUACCACAACGGCAAUUAAAUACUAGAGCCUUUCGUGAUGGAGUUGUUUCUCAAGUAGUCUAUUUACUUGCAGAACAUUUUUCAAUAUUAUCUAGAAAUGUUGCAUUUCCCGAGUUGAUUGUUCCAACGAUGAUUUCUUUGAAUGACUUUAUGAAGGAAACCAAGGUAUCCAAGUUUCGUCAAAUCAUGAAGGAAUUGACACAACAAUUGGAAGAGAAUGCUAAUUUGAUUAGGAAACUUCGAAGACAGUCAAAUUGUGGGCCAACACAAUUGAAAAGUGAAACAUUGUGUUCCCCACUUGGGUUUUCUUCUGAAGAAAAGACACCGAUGGAAAUGUUCUUCGAUUUAGAACAACGAAGAGUAAUCAAAGAGGAAAAACUUUUAACAUCUACCAUUAUAGACUUGGAGGAACCAUGGAUUCAAUCAAAUGCCACUUCAUUGAAGGAGGAGAAAAGAAUGAAGAGAGAGGAACAGUCAUGGGAAAAUGGAAAAGAUUCAAUAUCCAACGACGAAGACUUGGUAGAAGAACUGGUUCUUACUGAUUAGGAGUAUAUUCCAUCGGGUAGUGCAGUCAAACUCUCGUCAAAGAUUUGAACAACUUCAAUAUUAGCUGCUUGGAAAAGUUUCUUUGCCGCAAUAUCGAUGGAAUAUUCAGAAUGAUAAACAACUUUGGAAAUGCCUGCUUGAACGAUUUUUUUGGCACAUGAAAGACAAGGAAAUACAUUGGAAUAUAGAGUAGCAUUUUUACAACGUUCUCUUCCUGCUUCGAUGAUUGCGUUCUCUUCCGCGUGAAGACAAAGACAUUCAUCCAAGUUAUGUCCUGCAGUUGUAAAACUAUUGCAUCGAAGACAACCAGAGUCAUUGCAGUUGGUAGUUCCAAUAGGAGUUCCAUUAUAUCCAGUCGAUACUAUUCGAUUAUCACGAACAACCAAUGCUCCUACUCGUCGCUUCAUACAGUUACUACGAGUGGCAGCCAAAUAUGCAAUCCUAAUAAAGUAAGUAUUCCAAGAAGGUCGCAAUCUUUCUGGAUUUGCUAUUCUAAUAGAAAUAACUUUGUUUCGCAAAACAUCCAAAGUAUCGUCGUUGAAUAACUGAAUAUCGGCAGAACGCAUUAAACUACCAAGUCUCGAUAGUUCCCAGUGAUGAUUUGUUUUGUUCAACUAACAGAAACGUGAAAAAUACAAAAGAUGACUUGCUUAUUCUACAUACUUUGUGUUUU